AUGCAACUGCCGUUUGAGGUCGACUCGGAGUCGGGGGAGGAUUUAAGGUCUUCAGAGUCGGAGGAGUCCAACGACGACGGGGACGGGGAGGCUAGUGGCAUGGUAGAUGAGACAUCGGCUAGUGAUGCAACUGCGAUGGACGAUGAGAGGGAUGUAGAGGAGCUGGAGAAGGAGGUGGUGGUGGAUGCGCCGCGAGAAGCAGUUGGGCGGUCCGAAGAGAACCGUGUAGAUGAGACAGUGAAGGAGACGGUGGUAGAGGGUGCGCAAAAGGUAGUGGGCCGGGCAGAAUAUAAGCGUGUGGAGGAGAAGCAGGACAACCAGAUCGUGACGGAUGAUCGGCCUAGGCAGGAUCAACCAUGCCCGGAUCGGGAUGUAGGUCAGUCACAGAAUCAGGUGGAGGGCAGUGGCGGAGUGUCAGCUACCGACCACGGUGUAGGGAACCCGCGACCGGUCGCUGCGGCACAGACGGAUGCAGGGGGGAGUGUUCAUAACAUGGCGCGGGAGAACGAUACGGGGGAUAGUGCCGUCGAAGUUGCACGCAAUAUGGUGGAGCCUAAAGUCGGUCCGAUGGCGAGAGCAGAGUCGGACACCAAUCAGAUGCGGGUUAGUGUUCGCAAGUCCGCCGACACGGAAGCUGUUGAGGCUGUGCGAUUGGAGGCAGCUGCGAAGUGUACGCGGGUUGAAGGAGACUCCAUGCGUGACCCCAAGAAAGCUGCACAACGUCCUGAUGCCGCUGAGGCGCAGCGCGCCAAUCAUCCUGGUCCAGUAAACCCUGGCGUAAAGAAAGGCGGAGAGCAUAGUCCCGGAGGCCGGCACUUGUAUGCAGAACAUGGGGUAGAACGUGCAGGAGGUGGCUCUGAUCUGCAUCGGGGUCAAUCGUCAGGGAGGCGUCAGGGCUCUUCGCGCGAAGAUGGCAUCAACAAGGAGGGGGGUAGGGACAAGAUGGAGCACAGACGAGCACUAUACCGGCUACACCUGGCACGGGAGGAUCUAACAGCCAACAUUGCUCGGAUGGUAGAGGAGAGGGUAGAAAUGGUGCUUGCGCGUGCUGGUCUGCAAAAGGACUCCCAUCAGCCUUUGACCGCGGCUGGGAAGGUGACACCAAUGCAUCAGAGUGGCGUCGCACAGGCAGAUCUUCGUGCACAGCCAACGGCGAAGGCUGGUGAUAUGGGGAGUUUGGAUGGGCGGCCGCAGGUAUACUUCCCCAACGUCGACCUCGCGGCAUACGGGAUGAAUCCCCUGCGGUUCGAGCUGUGGGAGAAGAACUUGCUGUUCACGGCCAACAUGCCAACAGGCGUGUGGAGCGUCAUCAACAAGCUACACCUCGACAAACUCGGAAACUUCCUCAUCGUGCGGAAAGAGACGCGCGAGUGGAUACAAGAGAAGGAUAGCUACCAGACUGCGCUUUGCGCGGGGGUCGCGCGCGCUGCUCUCCUGAAGGACCUUGGCGGUGUUACGGGUGAAGAGGGGCACUCUGUACUAGAGCAUGCGGUUGGGCUGUUGGCAACUAUGUCGGUGAUGUGGGAUGUCUCCACCCAUGCUGCGGAGGCGCAGUGGAAGACGGAUGCACAUACGGAGGCACUUGCAACACACCUAGACCGGAAGAUUGCCGCAAGAGCAGCUGAAGUGGCAGGUGUCGUGGUAGAGGUGUUAAGGGCUGUCAAUGGGAGAGUUUUAGACAAGGAGAGUUGGGUCCCAGUCCUUGCAGGCGCCCUCUUAGACAAGCUGCACCCCGACACUCGCGACGAGGCAACGAAGACAAUGACUAGAGUGGUGGCUAGAGCGAUCACAUAUUGGUGCCAAUGCUGCAUGGCAUCCAAGGGCCUCCAAGACCAGCAUGGUGUAGGGAUCGGAAUUGUCAUGGCAAAACGUGGAGCGUGGGAGAACGCAAGUGCGGAUGGUAAGGAGAACACAUGA